AUGGCUUUCACCGACAAAUACUCCGAAUGGCGUACCAGUAGUUUGCGGUCCGUUAAACCGGAGGUCGACUUCACCUCUCCCGGUCUCGCGGUGAUGGAAGUUGAACGUCUUUUCUUUUCUGGAAAAGCCAUUAACAGCCACGCCGAUGAAGUCUGGCCAAGACUGUACAUUGGCGACAUGAAUAUCGCGGAGAACCGCUCUGAGUUGACCAGGAAUAAUUUCACUCACAUUGUGAACUGUGCCCACAGCUCGCGGCGGGGCGGGGAGUUUUAUGACGGCAUGGGAAUUACUUACCUGGGAAUAGAAGCUCAUGACUCGCCCACGUAUGACAUGAGCGCCAAUUUCAACACAGGGGCAGAAUUCAUCCAUAAAGCUCUUAGUGGAAGGGGGAAGGUCCUGGUGCACUGCCAUGUGGGAGUGAGUCGAUCAGCCACGAUGGUGUUGGCCUAUCUCAUGCUGAAACAGAACAUGACCCUGGUGGAAGCCAUCACGACGGUUAAAGAGGGCAGAGGCGUCAUACCGAACCGCGGUUUCAUUCGACAGCUCAUCGACCUGCACGUGAGACUUUACGGCUACCGCAGUUAG